UUCCUCAUUAAAACAAAUAAGAACGAGCCAAGCAAGCAAGUCAAUCGAUCUCUCUGGACGCCAUGCUCUGUUUGUAGCUAAACUACAAACAAUCAGCCUUCUUCACUCUUAUUUCUUUCUUUUCAUCAUCCUCAUCAACAUCAUCCUUCUCUAAAGUGUUUGUAUCUCUGAGACUGAUCCACCAUGCCAACGCCACAUCUCAGUCUCUGCACCAUCCUUUCCGAAUCAAAACGCAUAAUCAAAGCACACUCACGUCACUUCCUGGCGCUCUCAGUCCUCUUUCUUCUCCCCUUAUCUUUCUCUAUCGUCGUUUUCCCUACCCUCCAACAACUCCUUCACUUCACCACACACAACUCAAGAACUCUUCUUAGCCACGCUAUUUACCAUUCCACGUUUGACAAACAAAGUCUUCUCCUUACUCUCUUGUACUUGGGUUUUACCUUUGUUUUAUCACUCUGCGCUGUUGGUUCUAUCACCUACAGUGUCUUCCAUGGCUUCUAUGGUAGACCCGUUAAAUUUAUGUCUGCUAUUAAAUCCAUUGUGGUUUCCUUUUUCCCUCUUCUUGCUACCAUUCUUCUUUGUCAAAUAAUCAUGUCUGGGAUUAUUGCCUUUUUUGUGAUUGUGGUGUUUUUGGUCGUCAAGUUCGUUAAUUUUGUUGGUUUUCAGUGUGAGUACUCCUACUCCUCUCCCUUCUUUGUGGGGUGUAUUUUACUCCUCAUCAUAUUUUUAUUGUUGAUUUUGGUUUAUUUGCAAGUGAAUUGGGUUUUGGUAGCUGUAGUAGUGGUGGUGGAAUCGAGUUGGGGGUUUAAGGCAUUGAAGAGAAGUAAAUAUUUGGUCAAAGGAUACAGCUUUGUGGCUUUAUCGCAGAGUUCAUGUUUCGCAUUUCUGGUUGGGAUUUUAAUUUGGAGCAGCUCGGAUUUAGGCACUCGUUUUGGGGGCAUCAGUAAAGGGUGGAGUUGGGCAUUUGUGCUACAAAUUGUGAUUGCUUCAACUUUGUUGAUGUUGUUGUUCCUUUACAACAUUGCGGCGAAUACGUUGUUGUAUAUGUAUUGCAAAGCAAUACAUGGAGAACUUGCAAUGGAGAUUGCAGAGGAAUUUGCCGAGGAGUAUGUGAGUUUGCCUUUCGAUAAUGGGAAAGUACCUCAUCUUGUUUCUGCUGUUUAUAAUGGAUACUAGGUUUUCCUGCCUUGUAAUAAUAACUCCUUGUUUGUAAUUGGUAUGGCUGUUGUGUACUAUGAAAUUAAUGUAUGUGAAUAUCUAAAAAUGUGAGAUGUGAUCUUUUCAUGUCAA